GUGGCGACACUCUGGAAAAGCCUUUGUGAUUUCGGCGUAUAACCUAUUGGGCUAGUGUUGUGAUGUGAUGAAAAAACACUGUUAAUGAGCUGACAAGAACAGGUGUUAAUUAAAUCCAAGCACUGAGCUGCUUCUGCUAAUACUCAACAGUGAUACGUACAACAGAACAGCAAGAGCCGACACAGGGGAUUCCGAUAUAAACACGGACCUUCAUCUUACAUGAUGCUUCAAGUGCCCCUACUUCCCUUGCACAAAUAAACGAAGGGGACUUCAAAAUACGAUCAGUUUGUUGGUAAAUGGAACACUAUAUCGUGAUUAACCGCACUGACAACGCUCAGGGACCUUCCAUUCAUCACCUCAAGGUAGAACUUGUGAAUGGCGUGCAAGCAACAUGCUGACACUGAACCACAGCACUAAGAAUUGUCAUAACUAGGAAGUUCAGGAAACAAAUUCAGCCUACAACUCAAAUCAUCUGAAGGACCAAAGAUGGAUUCCCAGAACCCGUUUUCAGAGUCUGGCCUCACGGAGUCCGACUCCAAAAACAGAACCAUACUUCCAGUAGUUUCUACAAUAGUUCCGGCAGUCACCACCCCACAAGGCAAUGUCACUUCUAUGAACCUCCGCAAAGUACCUCCCACGAAAGAAACAGAGAGAAAGAAAAGUAAUCAGAAGGUAUCACAGUCGGACGCGAGUUCUCAGCGACAAGUUAAUAAAACUACAAAUCCCGUUCCUCAAAGAAGCAAAUUUAGCCGAGCUGAGACCCCCGGGACAGUAUUCAGCGCGGUGGACGACGAUCCAGACGCAGUCAUACUGUGCAAGGAUCUUGACCUGUGCAAGCACUCGUCGUGCCAUUCGAGGAAAGAAGCAGAAUCCGGCUUCAUCUGCAUAUGCACAGACGGCGUGAUAGUCCAGCCUCAGGAAAAGUGCGACAAUUCUCAUUUGGACAUCGACCCGUCGCCCGUGUCCAUAGAGCUCUCCAAGUCGCCGGACCCGGUGAGGCCGAAGAAGGACCAGAGCCACCCCCUGAGCGUGCUCGUGAUUGCGUUUCUGUUGGUCAUGAUCCUCCUGGCCUUCGUCUACUGGCGGAGGAAGACCCUGGUCACGUUACUAAGGCAACGUCACAGAGACAAGAAAUCCGGCCAACAGUCGCCAGUAUCCCUGGCGAAGAGUCAGUCUCUCCUGACGUACAACUUCGCCAGCAACCCCAAUUACUACGCUCAGGCCCCGGACAGCCUUCCCUUCCACACUCUCGGGGUCCACCUGAUUGAUAAGGAGCAGAUUGCGUUCAUCGGGGAGGGGAAAUACGGGCCGCGGUGUCCCGAGAACCUGGUGGGAGGCAAUGCGUCGGGGGCUGAGAGCGGCAUGUCGGUGACGGUGGCGGUAAAGGUGCCGAAGGACUGCGCCGGAGUGGAGGCCGAGGCGGACUUCAUGCGGGAAGUGGAGAUCAUGUCCGCUUUCAGGCACGAGAACAUCGUGACCCUCAUCGGCAUCGUGGCCACGGACGCAGGUGGAAGGCCAUGGAUGGUGUUUGAAUUCAUGCCUUAUGGGGACCUGGCGGAAGUCCUACGAUCUUGUAAUAAACAAUUUUAUUCCAACGACUCACCUGUAAAGUCCCUUGGAAAGCCGCCUCUUCGUCCUAUCCACCAGGAAGACCUCUUGAGUAUGAGUGUGCAGAUAGCGUCUGGGAUGGAGUAUCUAUCGUCGCAGCACUUCGUCCACCGCGACCUGGCCUGUCGGAACUGUCUGGUGGGGGAAAACUUGUGCGUCAAGAUAUCUGACUUCGGGAUGUCGAGAGAUGUUUACACCUGCGAUUACUAUAAGCCAUCUUCGUCAUCUCAGGUCGGAGGGUCCCGGAUGCUGCCGGUCCGCUGGAUGGCGCCCGAGAGCAUCAUGUACGGAAAGUUCACCCUGGAAAGCGACGUGUGGUCCUUUGGCGUUGUCCUCUGGGAGAUAUACUCCUUCGGGAAGCAGCCCUACUAUGGAAACUCCAACGAGCACUCUUGCGAUUACUGUCGAUAUCCUGUAAAAGCUAAUAUGGAAAAUGUUGCACAAUUUUGCACACAAAGUAAACGUUGCCAACUUUGGAAUGAUGAGUUCACAAUAGCCGUCAGUGAGGGCUCGCAGCUGAAACUUAUACCACCUGUUCCUAAAUCCUUCCCACCCUUGCUGUUACCGCCCUCCCUUGCCUGUUUCCUAUGGGAUCCACCACUGCCAUCUGAACCUACAUACAAAUGCAUACAUGCACGAACAUAG